AUGUUCACUGACGCAUCAAAAAUAAGAGCUGAUGGCUGUGUAGGCUUCGCUAUCUGGAUACCGGAGUACAACAUCAUUUUAAACUUUAAGUGCCCCCCUCAAGCCUCGAUUUUUACAGGGGAGGCGCUAGCUAUUCUUGAAGCCUUGAUGUUUAUAGAAUCACAUAAGCUUCACAACACGGUGAUAUUCACUGACUCUAGAAGCUGCCUACAGGCUAUCCUUGCAAACCAAUUCAGGUCCAAGUCAAAAUUCCCUUUUGUUCUGAAUAUCAAAGAAAUUCUUUUUCGGUGUCACGUAUCUGGCAUAAAAGUCACCCUAGCUUGGAUCCCGGGACACAGCGGUAUAGUGGGUAAUGAGGGUGCUGAUCAGUGUGCUAAAGAUGCCACGAAAACCGGUAGUGAUACUCAUUAUGCAACCUAUGCACAAGAUCUAACGUCUCUAGCUAAGGAUGAUCUUAUAUCAUGCUGGAAUGAAGCGUGGAACCUUUCGAAACGCAAUAAAGGCAAACAUUACGCGGAUGUUCAAGACUCACUGCUCGCUCGGCCUUGGUUUUUUAAAUAUAGAAAAGCCAACAAGAGGGUCACGUCCACAAUAUGCAGGUUAAGGCUAGGCCACGCUUGUACCCCGGUUCACCUAGCUAAGAUAAGGGUCAAGGAUAGCUCCCUCUGUGAAUGUGGGCUUGAGGAGGGAUCAGCAGAACACAUUUUCUUUAACUGUCCUAGGAGACCGUCCCUUUACGAAGCGCUACCGGACACUAUCCCCAGACCGACGAAUUUCAAAUCUUUGUUAGGCCUCGUACAUACUCCUUUUGUAAAUAUUUUAUGUGAAUAUGUUAACCAGAAUAACAUUAGACUAUAA